CCCGCCGCCGGCCAACUCUGGGCCCUGGCAAACUUGCAUCCCCACCCCUCCAUUUCCUCACGCAUCACCACUCGGCCCCCCCUGCUCCGCCGGCGAUGAGCGCCAAGCAGCUCUGCGACGCCCUGGCCGCCGCGGGGUUCGACGGCGACGGCCCGCUCGACCCGGACAGCCUCGAGUGGGCGUUCCUCCAGGGGGACGACUCGCGCCGGAUGCUCGCGUGGAUCUCCGCCCGCCUCCGCCCGGGCAACGUCAUCUCCGCCACUGACCUGGACCUGUAUGAGCAGCUUGAAAUGGAAGGGAAGUUAUUGGAGGGGGAUGACUUGGAUUUUGCUUUUGAUAGUAUUUCGGCAUUCUCAGAUAAUGGGGAGAACCAGGAUUACACUUUUUUGUCAGAAGAAAGUCUUGAAGACAUCCGCGACUCAAAGCUUGCUCUUAGAGCAGAAGUUUCUGAUUUGGAAAAGCAGCUUGCUUCUCUGGAAUGGAAGCUUGAUUUACUUACAGCACAAGCUACAACCAUUACCCGGGGAAAGAAGUCCCGCUCAUCCGCUAAAACUAGAGCUAAUGGACAACUUACUGGCUUAGAUGAGAAAUUUGCUAAGAGAAAUUUAGAGAUGAAUGCAGUUCUUGGGAAACUGGCUGCAACCACCCAGGAGUUAUCUUAUUACCAUUCAGAAGCUGAUAUUGGAGUCUACCUGUCAUACUGUGACUUCCUGUCAUAUGUGAGGAGUAACCUGGUUUGUACAAAGGAACUAAACAGAUGGUUCUCUACAAAGUUUGAGAAGGGACCACUCCAGCUUGUUGUCAAAGAUGACAAAUCAAGUGGAGAUUUUGUGAACUCUCACCACUUUGUUGUCCAGCUGAACCGAAUUAACUCCAUGUUUGCUAAAAGUAUGAUGCAGUACAUAGAAGCACAGGUAGAAUAUGCAAAAGAGGAGGCUAUAGUGUCAACACUAAGAACUCAAUUGGCAUCUCAACAGUCAUGUAUCCAUCAGGAUAGCCAUUCUCUAAGGUGGAAAAGCGCUGAACUUGCUGAAGAACUUAAAGAUCUUUCCCUUGAUGUGCAGAAAUGCUUAUCUGAGACUGUUACAGGCCUGUGUGCAGACCUUGCUCAACUUGCAGGUGCAAAUAUUUUGGAAGGAGGUCACAAUGUGAAGCUUUUGCGCCAGGAAUGCUACAUAAGCCAUCAGAAGAAGUUCAUCAAUUAUCUGGUCAAUCAGCUUGCUGCUCAUCGGUUUCUGAAGAUAAGUUGCCAGCUUGAAAAACGGGCAAAAAUAUCGAGUGCUUAUUUAUUGCUGAAAGCAAUAGAAUUGGAACUGCAUAGCUACUUAUCAGCUGUUGAUGUCCGGCUGGAUCGAUACCAUUCAAUUGAUCAAGCUGCAUCUGAAAUGUUUGAAGAAGGAUCUGUUGAUGACCGCGAUUCUUUUCUUCAUGCUGUGAGGGAUAUUCUUAGCAGUCCCUCCAGUUCUCAAGCAAUGACACCAGCAUACGUUUCUUCGUAUGGUUUGGUCGAGCAGAUAUCGGAGCUGCAAGAUGAGCUUCAGUACCUUCAGCAUGAGGCUGAAAAUGUUCUUCCACGUGAGCGAGGGAGAUGCACUGAUGAACUAUGCAGGAUGGUCCAAACUCUGGAGCAAAUUCUCGGCGUCCCCCUUUCAGAUGAGCAACCCAAACUGACACCAUGGCCACUGGCUCAAUGGCUUGAAGAAUUGGAAAUGGUCAGCCAACAGGUCUCUGCAUCUGUUACUGACGUGACACUGGCUCGAGACCAAAAGGCCGAGAUCUUGAAACAGCCUUCACGCAACGCGCAGCAGAAAAGGCAGGUGUUCGUCGAUUUCUUCUGCCGCCCAGGACGACUCGAGACUGAAGUGAAAGAGCUGGUUUCCCGCGUUAGAGGUCUACCCGAGUAGUCGAGGGAAGUGCGGUCGACUGCAAGACUGCAAAUGUAUAUAUGCUACAUCUUAUGCCCGAAGAAAUCGAAGCAACGGGAGCUCCUCUGCCUUCUACUCCAACCAGCGCCUGACGCCCGGCAGAUUCCCAAAAAAAUAACCUGACACACUGUGUUCCAAUCCAAACGCCAUCUGCCUGCCACGGGAAUAUGGCUGCAUUCAUUUUGGGCCUUCCUUUGCCGAUGCCGUGGCCCAUUCGUCCUGCGCAUCGGUGGUGGCUGCCGAAUAUUUGUGGUUCGCCUGCUGCUGCGGUGUCAGACCAUAAACUUCGUCACUGUUCGCUGUUCCUGUCCCGCCACCGACUCCUCCGGCCGCUGCUCCGUCUCCACCGCCUUCCGCUGGCUCCGUCGCCCUUCCUCUUCCCCCUAACUCAGGUCCGUCUCGGCACCCUCGGCGACGCGGCGACUGCCGACUGCGUCUCCUAUACCUUAUUGUCCUCCGCUCUUCGUCCUCCACGGGAUGCCUCCGUCUCUUCCUUGCCGCUCAUCUUGCUGCCUGCUUGAAUACUGAGGGCUAAUUAGAAUUAUGAAGAGAGCGUUAGAGUCAUAGUUCAUUACCAUCCUUAAUUGCAGUACUCAGAUUUUCCAAAGCAGCACCAGCACAAACUAGUAAAUAUAAAAAACCAAUGUCAGCACCUUAAAAUCACCGACUCAUCUGCCUCACUAAGACCCUGUUUAGUUCCUAAAAAUUUUCUUACGCUGAAGUAACAUCAAACGUCUGAUCACUAAUUAGGAGUAUUAAAUGUGAAUAACUGACAAAACUCAUUUCAUAACCCCACGGUAAAAUCAAAUCGCGAGAUGAAUCUAAUGAACCUAAUUACGUAAUGAUUAGAUAAUGUCGUGCUACAGUAAACAAUAUCUAAUGAUACAUUAAUUAGGCUUAAUAAAUUCACCUCGCGAUUUUCCAUCUAUUCAUGUAAUUAGUUUUAUAAUUAAUUUAUUUUUAAUACUACUAAUUAUUAUUAUAAAAUUGCCAAGAAAUUUUGGGAAACUAAACGCCGCCAUACGAUCGAACACAUCUUCAAUCAAACAAGACAACCAGCAAUAUUGUACCGUACAGACCAAUGAAUCACGUGUUAGGGCCCACGAAGAUAACAGUAUACUGCUCAAGCGUUAAAACACUUCAGCAGCAGUGAGCUCCAUCUACAGGCGCGGCAACGCGCCUCCCUACCUAGUAUUCCUAAGCAUCCUGAAAACAUCUUUUUCCUCUGUCGCAACUGUGCAAAUAAUACACACAGCAGAGUUUUAUGGAAAAAAAAAGAGAGAAGACAUUGUGUAUGCUCAGCGCGGCUAUUUGACCUCUGCGAUCGCUCUUUCCCAAAAUGUCUGCAAAUAUCUCUCUUUAAGGCACGGACGCUUUUUUAUUAUUAUUUUUCGUUACUUUGUGAAUUUUUGUAGCGUCACCAGUUCUUGUGGGGUAUUGUUCCUUUUUACAGCCAUGGGGGAAAAGGAAUAGAGGGACUGUUGGAGACGCCGAAGUUUGUUUGAUAAAUCAGAUUUAAUUCAAAUCCAAAUAAGUUUCAUUGAGUUACGCUU